CGCCCCCGACUCGGACGCGGGCUUCGCGGGCGGGCGCGGGCGCGGGUGUCGUCGCUGAGCCGAGGCCGGGCGGCCGGAGUCCUCAGGCAUGAACCUCGAGUUGCUGGAACUUCUUGAACCACCGCUGGCCUUGUAUGUCCACCAGUAGUUCCUGGGCCAAAUGGACUGUUGAUGUUAGUCCUUUGGGCAGAAUUAUCCAGAGGAAGCUGAUGGAACUUUGGAUUGUAUCAGCAUGGCCCUGACUUGCACCUUUAACAGGUGGGGCACGCUGCUUGCAGUUGGCUGUAAUGAUGGCCGAAUCGUCAUCUGGGAUUUCCUGACAAGAGGCAUUGCUAAAAUAAUUAGUGCACACAUUCAUCCAGUCUGUUCUUUAUGCUGGAGUCGAGAUGGUCAUAAGCUCGUGAGCGCCUCCACUGACAACAUAGUGUCCCAGUGGGAUGUCCUUUCAGGCGACUGCGACCAGAGGUUUCGAUUUCCUUCACCCAUCUUAAAAGUCCAGUAUCAUCCGCGAGAUCAGAACAAGGUUCUCGUGUGUCCCAUGAAAUCUGCUCCUGUCAUGUUGACCCUUUCAGAUUCCAAACAUGUCGUUCUGCCUGUAGACGAUGACUCCGAUUUGAACGUGGUUGCAUCUUUUGAUAGGCGAGGAGAAUAUAUCUAUACAGGAAAUGCAAAAGGCAAGAUUUUGGUCCUAAAAACCGAUUCUCAGGAUCUUGUUGCUUCCUUCAGAGUAACAACUGGAACAAGCAAUACAACAGCCAUUAAGUCAAUAGAGUUUGCCCGGAAGGGGAGUUGCUUUUUAAUUAACACAGCAGAUCGAAUCAUCAGAGUUUAUGAUGGUAGAGAAAUCUUAACCUGUGGAAGAGAUGGAGAGCCUGAACCCAUGCAGAAACUGCAGGACUUGGUGAAUAGGACCCCGUGGAAGAAGUGUUGUUUCUCUGGGGAUGGGGAGUACAUAGUGGCAGGGUCCGCCCGGCAGCACGCCCUGUACAUCUGGGAGAAGAGCAUCGGCAACCUGGUGAAGAUCCUCCACGGGACCAGAGGAGAGCUCCUCCUGGACGUAGCUUGGCAUCCUGUUCGACCCAUCAUAGCGUCCAUUUCUAGUGGAGUCGUAUCUAUCUGGGCACAAAAUCAAGUAGAAAACUGGAGUGCAUUUGCGCCAGACUUCAAAGAAUUGGAUGAAAAUGUAGAAUAUGAAGAAAGGGAAUCAGAGUUUGAUAUUGAAGAUGAAGAUAAGAGUGAGCCUGAACAGACAGGGGCUGACGCUGCGGAGGACGAGGAGGUGGAUGUCACCAGCGUGGACCCCAUCGCAGCCUUCUGCAGCAGUGAUGAAGAACUGGAAGAUUCAAAGGCUCUAUUAUAUUUACCCAUUGCCCCUGAGGUAGAAGACCCAGAAGAAAAUCCUUAUGGCCCCCCACCGGAUGCAGUCCAAACCUCCUUGAUGGACGAAGGGGCUAGUUCAGAGAAGAAGAGGCAGUCUUCAGCAGAUGGGUCCCAGCCACCUAAGAAGAAACCCAAAACAACCAAUAUUGAACUGCAAGGAGUACCAAAUGAUGAAGUCCAUCCACUACUGGGUGUGAAGGGGGAUGGCAAAUCCAAGAAGAAGCAAGCAGGCCGGCCUAAAGGAUCAAAAGGUAAAGAGAAAGAUUCUCCAUUUAAACCGAAACUCUACAAAGGGGACAGAGGUUUACCUCUGGAAGGAUCAGCGAAGGGUAAAGUGCAGGCGGAGCUCAGCCAGCCCUUGACAGGGGACACUUGGAAGACUAAUAGAGCGCCAGUAGAAGUAACUAGCCAUCUGGAAUCUGGGGCUCGAAAAUUCUUCGCUGUCAAACAGCUCGUCAGUGUUGGAUAGGACCAGUGGACCCACAUCCAUGACAACACACCUUCUGUGCAGGAGGAGCAAUCUCAGAACUGUUAUGAAGACCCUUGAAGUUCUUCAUUCUUCCCUACUUUGCCAUCAUGUGGCCUCUGGACACUGUGGUCAGUCAUCUGAGAUUGACUUUAAUUUAAAACAAAGGCCUGUGUCUUCCACCCAGGAGGUGGAAGGAGUGAAUUUUAUGUUUGAAUGAAGAAGUGAAUUAUGGAAGAAGAGUAUAUGUCCCUUCCCUUUCAAGCCUAAGUCCAAAUAGACUCUCAGGAAUGAGGAUUUGUGAAGACAUCACGCAGGAGUUUGGCUCCUGAAAUCUGAGUGCUCGUUCUGUUGCUGGAGGAGGUUGCCGGUCUGCUCGUCUGUCUGCCCUGUGCCUGGCAUCGUUGCGGCUUCUCACGUCCUCUCUCCUGCUUGCCUUCGCUCCUCAGUGCAUGUCCUUGAGUGACUUAUUUUUACCUGAAAUUUUGCUGCCUGUAUCCUAGAAAAAACUUCUGUUUGCACAUUCUUUCUUCCAUUUUUAAAGUUAGCUACUCACCAGAUACCUCCUAUAUUUCCAUAUUCUGUUACAAAGGAUGGGCAGAAAAGAAGGUGCUUGAAAGAUUUCAGAUUUUCUGAGAGAGAGAUAAGAAAGGACCCCUCUUUUUAACAUCCUGUAACAUUUUGCUCAAGAAGCUGGGCUGUGAGAGGGUCAGGGUUUUUCUUGGUUUUCUUUUCAUUGCAUGUUUCUCUGCAGUUCAUUCAAUCAUGGUUUAUGAAGAUAGCUAGUUUCAUUUGUCUCCAGCAAAGAAUCAUUAGUAGUUUAUAUUGCUUUACCUAUACUGGCUUCCAGAGACAAAAACAAACCGGGGUGUCUCUCAACAAGCUUAUUUUAUACUGGGGUGGGGGAAUCUAUGCAAGGACUAAAAUAAAACCAUCCAUAAUCAAAGCAGCAACAACACAAAUAAAAAAUCAAGGAACAUUUUUUUAUCAGUGCUUGUGGACAUCUGUCCUUCCCACCAGUCAUCAUGUUUGCCCUCCUUAUGUCCACACUCCUUUUCCUUCCUACAUGUUUCCAGUCACUUCCUUUCUGUGAAAGGUUGCUUAGCUUUUAAAAAUUUUUUAAUUUUUGCUUCUGCUGUUCUUUGUAUAAAAAGUAGCAAAUUGGAUGGAUGUGUCCACCAGGUGUUUGAAAUUCUCUGAAAACCCAGAGUGAAGAAACCAGGUGUGGAGAAGGUUGUCCAGCUCUUCUGAGUAGAGCUUUGAGCUGACUGGAAGUGCUCAAUCUGGAUCAUCAUUUUCACGGUAUUUUCAAAGGAGAGUUAAACACUGCUUAUUGGGAAAUCUCUGUUGGUUGGUGGUUGCUUCAAUAGGUAGCCAGACAAGUUGAUUGCUUUUUGGAUUUUAGCGUAGCAAUCAGAGUAGAACACAUCAGCAAGAGCCUCUUCCACUCCGUCUCUAGAACCAAAGUGUUCAGUGGCUGAAGAGCUCUCCCUGAACCAGUGGCCAAAUGUCUAUGUUUUUAGAUGCCACUGCCUUUUCCUCAGAUGCUCCUUUUGUGAAUUUCAUUUCCUAUUUCAUAUCAGACCAGUGGUUGAGAUUGGUAGGUGGGUCACUAGGCAUGUUUUUGUUUUGCAGACAUUAUUUCCAUUUCGUUGCUCACUGCACUGUACACGGCAGCAGUAUGCAAACUGUGAUACAGGUGGCCUCUGCCUUACUUCUGCAAAGUAGCUGGGUGUCCUCUGCCUGAGCAUUUGGAUGUUCGGGCUCUGUCCACCUCCUAAACUGGCUCCUGAGAAAAAUCAACGUCAGCCCUGCCAGAGCGUCUGGUAGCAGCUCCUAGCAAUUAUUUAUGCUUCUGGAAUUGUUUUCGGCUCCUGAAACCUUGUGUCCAUUUCAGUUUGAUUCUCUAGAUUUGUACAAUAUAUGCAUAUUCUUUUUUCCCUUCUGUCACCUCCCAUCCCCUCAGCGUUUUGUAAUGUCCUGUAGUUUUGUAUGAGAGGAGACUUAGCCUCGGGUACUUCUUGCUGAAGCUUUAAUGCUUUGUAAAUAAAAUCGGAUGUUUAUUAAAGAA